AUGUCGGCCCAAUACUGUAAUGCUGAGGUCGUAGUGGGCAUUGGAGGGAAUUCUCUGGGCUGUGGGGCUACCUGGUGGUAUCUGGGGUAUUCCCUGAGAGACGGUGACGUGGCCAAAACCCUUUCCUGCCUGUCCAUGGCAUUCCCCAAGCUCCUUCUCCCAGAACUCCUCGAUAUGCAAUGGCGCAUCUCUUCACCAAGAGCAGCCAAGAAACCCCACACCUCCCUCCUGAAAGGAAGGAACCGUACCACCAUGGCCUCCUUUAGUGAACAUUGGCCAGACCCGGCUUCUGUUAAUAUCAGAGAGUCGACAAUCUGGCUGAAUGUACAGCUCGAAGCCCUCUCCAAGGGGCUGGAGUCUAUGCACUAG